UAUUAAUUUUUCAUCCAUAUAUAUAUAUAUAUUAAAAUAUAUUUUGGUUUUGGAUGGUGAGAUUAAAAUUGUGUUAAGGGAUUUUGGUUUUUUUCUUUGAAGUGGGUUUGGGGAAAUGGGGGAUUCUUGUGAACCAAAUGGUCAAAUUCUUGACCCAAAAAUAGGUGGGUUGGUUUGGGUCAGGAGAAGAAAUGGGUCAUGGUGGCCGGGUCGAAUAUUGGGUCCUGAUGAGUUACCAGAAAGUUGUUUGAUUCCUAUAAGAUCGGGUACUCCGGUUAAGCUGUUAGGUAGAGAGGAUGCAAGUGUAGAUUGGUAUAAUUUGGAGAGGUCAAAACGUGUAAAGGCAUUUCGAUGCGGUGAAUUUGAUGAAUGCAUUGAGAAGGCAAAGAUCAUUGCAUCUCGUUCUUGCAAGAAGACAGUGAAGUAUGCACGCAGAGAAGAUGCAAUUAUACACGCUCUCAAGCUCGAAGGUUCCCUCUUAACCCCAGAGACUACUACCUCACAGGAAUUGUUGCAUACCACUCCUUCGUUAAAUCAUUCCCUGCGGGAAAAAUCAGACAAUAUACAACCUGAUGAAGAAAAUGGAAACAUUUCUGACAAGUUAAGUAGCUUAGAACACAUCUCAGUUUCCCCACAGGAACUAGCACAUAGUGGCGCUUUAACAGAACAUUCUUCAGAGGCUAGUAAGCACCAAACCCCUAAUGAUUCAGAAGAUGAUGCAACCGAAGGAAGCAAGAAACGUAUGCGGGGACUCAAAGACAUCGGGAUACCAGUUGUGUUUCCGUCGUUUAAGAGGAGGCGGUCUCAAGUGGCACAUGUACAUGAGUAUUUAAAAAAGAAAAACCGCCGCCGACAGUUGUCAAAAGUUUUAAAGAGUACUAUGAUAGCUGUACCUGUUAUGUGUGAACAGCAUAAGAGUUUGAGUGGAGCGUUUCUUCCAGGUGUUUCUGACAAUAAAGUAUCGGGAAUGGAGCAUAGUGAUUUGAAGAGCAGUUUUUCCGACAGUACCGGGGAUGCGACAAAUAUUGCAACAAAUGGCAUACAGAAAGAAAAUGAAUUCUCGAGUGUUGAGCAGCUACUUGAGAAUUACGAUUCUUAUGGAAGGCUCUUUGAUGUUCCUUUUAUCAGACAAGAUUCGCAGAAUGGAGGUUCUUCUCCAGGUUUGGUAUCUGAGAAGGGCCAUGUCAGCACCGGAACUCAUUCUUGCCAAAGUAGCCUUAUUGAAACUUUAUCCGCGGGACCUGAUGAAUUCCAGGAAUCUGGUUCUACCAGUUCAGGUGCUGCUGUUGGUAUCGAUAUCAGCCAUGACAUUUAUAACAAUGGUACUUCAAAAUGGCAGCAUAAAGGGAAAAGAAAAUCUAGAAAUAAGAGUAAACCUAUGCAGAAAUUUGCGGACACAAAUUUUCUGAAUGAUAUUUCAACAGAGUUCAUCACUAAAUCGCAUGUAAUCGAGGACGUGGCCGAGGUAACGGCUUCACAAAGAUUGAUGCCUUAUCGUCAUUCCCGCUUUACAGUCAAUCCGAAAUACGAGCCCUCGGAUCUUGCGUACAAAAGAAGCGAUAUGGGUACUCUUUAUGAUGUCAAUAUUGAGGUUAAAAUGGGUCAUUUUCCUCGGCAAGCUCCUUACAUAUCUCUUAUGAGUAAGUCAACGAGCCAAUCUGUAACCGGUUAUUCUCUUGAGGUAGAGGUUUUAAGCGAAUCUGUUUCUGAUCUUUCACUGAAUGGGUCCGAAUGUCUUAGUAGUAGCUGUGAGUUAGAUCUGGUCAAUGGAAAUGUGAGAAAGGGUCCGGAAGCUUCCAAAAACCCAAGACGGAACAAUGGGGUCUCAUCUAACAAGAAGAUUCGAAGAUUAUCGUCGCUAAAUCAUUCCAAGAGACCUAGUAGUGAAACUGGGAAGCUUAAAAGGCCUGAUUUAGCUUGUGUUCCGUUGAAGGUUGUUUUUGGUAGGAUAAAUGCAGCAUUGGGUAUUACCUCAACGUGCACCAGUUGAAUUUUUUUUAACAGAGGAGGCGUGGUUCAUUGGAUGAGGUUGUUUUUGUUUUCUUAAUUGAUACUAUGUAGGGAUUUAGAUUAUAAGCUAUACUACUAUAUAAAGAUUCUACACCCUUGUUAAAAAGUUAGGAAAAAAAAAAAGAGAGAGAUGCUAAAUGACCAUCCUACGCCACUCUACACUACCACCAAUAGUCGCCUCCAUCACCACCCGUCGUCAACACCACACCAGACAAUUGUAGGGGUACUGUGCUUGUUUAGAUUAUAAUUACAACUUUAUGUUCAUGAACUGCUUUGUGCCCAUUGUACAAUAUUGAAACUUUGGGAGAUGGUGUAGAGCUUUUUUUUUUCCUUUUCUUUUCUUAAAUGGUUCUUUUGUUCUUGUAUAGGAAUGGGUGUAAGUUAUCUUGUAAAGAUUCCCAAGUACCCAUUUAAAUAGUGGUUUCAAUGCUUUUUAAA